AUGUCUCAACCCCAAUCAGAGGAGCCUGAGCCCCAAGGCUCACCACAAACAGCCCAGCAUGAGGACUUGAACUUGAGACUAUAUCGGACGGAAACCCGAGCAACACUUCAAAACCUAGGGGUAUCAGAACACCCACCAGCAAUCGACGUCAACUACCCCGAAGUUGGACGACAAGAACCACCUCUCUUCCCGGAAGAGUACACCAUCGAAACAGCGACUGGUCUCGUACCACAACGCACCCUAGAGCAAAUCCGAUCCAGGCCUUCCAUUGCUGCGUUCAGAAGAGACCCUCAGCCGUCUUGGAAUCUCAGCUCCACUUCGAACGAUGAGCCUGACCUGGAGAAGAAAGCCGGCGAGGAGCCUCGUGCAGAGUUCGUGACCUUCACGAUAAACGACCCGGAGAACCCCCAUAAUUGGUCGGACCUUUAUCGAUGGUACAUCACACUGAUGGCAUCAAUGUUGGUCGUCUGUAUUGCUUAUGGCUCAUCCAUCGUGACUGGCGGAUUGGGCUUGAUUCAAGACAAAUACAACGUCUCACUAGAAGUCGCCAUCCUGACUUGCUCCAUCAUGGUGUGUGGUUUCGCCGUCGGUCCACUCCUGUGGUCUCCGCUGUCCGAGAUCAUCGGCAGACGUCCCGUGUACAUAAUUUCUUUGGGUCUCUACACCAUCUUCAACAUCCCAUGUGCGCUCUCGCCCAACAUCGGCGGGCUCCUCGUCUCGCGCUUCCUGUGCGGCGUCUUCUCCAGCUCCGGUCUCUCUCUCGCGGGCGGCACCAUCGCCGAUAUCUGGAACAUCGAAGACCGCGGCCUGGCGAUUGCAUAUUUCGCCGCAGGCCCGUACGCAGGUCCCGUCCUGGGCCCGAUAGUAUGCGGGUGGAUCAACAUCGGCACGGGGCGCCUUGACCUCUUCUUCUGGGUGAACAUGGCCUUCUCGGGUGUGAUCAUGAUCCUGAUCGGCAUGGUCCCGGAGACCUAUGCUCCGGUAAUUCUCAAAAGGAGAGCCGCCCGACUACGAAAGGAGACGGGCGACGAGAACAUCAUUACCGAGCAAGAAAAGACUAAACUCACGCUGCGCCAGGUCAUCCGCACCAGCCUGAUCCGACCGAUCACGAUGAUCCUGACCGAGCCCGUCCUGGACCUGAUGUGCAUGUACAUCGUGCUGAUCUACGCGAUGCUGUACGCGUUCUUCUUCGCAUACCCAGUCAUAUUCGGAGAGUUGUACAACUACAACGACGGCCAGAUCGGGCUGAUGUUCAUCCCGAUUCUGAUCGGGGCUGGCUUCGCACUGGUCGUGACACCCCUCAUUGAAAAGCAGUUCCGCCGCAUUUGCCUCGUGCGUAGCCCGACGCCAGAGGACAGGCUGAUCGGCGCCCUGAUCGGGGCACCCUUCAUCCCCAUAUCGCUGUUCAUUCUCGGAGCCACCUCCUACCCCCACAUCAUAUGGGUGGGACCCGCGUCGUCAGGUCUCGCAUUUGGCUUUGGCAUGGUCCUCUGCUACUACUCCGUCAAUAAUUACAUCAUCGACUCUUAUCAUAAGUACGCAGCGUCCGCGCUGGCUGCAAAGGUCUUUUUGCGAUCUGGAGGCGGUGCCGCUUUCCCACUUUUCAUUACCCAGAUGUACAAUCGCCUCGGCUUGAAUUGGGCGUCUUGGUUGCUGGCUUUCAUCGGCGUUGCGAUGGUCUUUAUUCCCUUCUGCUUCUAUCUCUGGGGAGCGAAGGUUAGGGCGAAGCUCAACAAGGACUAG